CACUGGUAUUACAUCAUUGAACUCAUCGAUUGGGAUAUGGAUCCGACCAAUUUAAUACAAAAUCAACUCCACGAUUCGUCUUCGGCCUCGGCGGUGUACUUUUGCUCCAUCUGUGACAAGCCUUUCACCAAUGGACAGUCACGCAAUCGUCAUCUUCGAUACUGUGGCAGUCGUCAACGCAAGCGGCCUCGAUCUUGCCGAGCCUGCAACGCCGCCAAGACCAAAUGUACCUUCGGACUACCUUGUUCGCGUUGCACGAAGAAAGGGUUGGAGUGCACGUAUGAUGGCUCGGCGCUAAUGAGGGAGAGGUCGAGCCCAAAGCCGUCAAUCGAGAACCACGGAGUGCGAACAGCCGCUCGGAGGGCGUCGAGGAGCUCACCUGCUCAAAGCUCUUACUUCGACAGUUAUACCUGGUCAACUCUAGAUUUCACUUUUACCAAUGAUGCCACAGCAAGCGACUCUCAGCCGGGGAGUACCGGCGGCGAUGACCCUCCGUCGAUUAAUUCAAUCACGCAACGUCCUGACCUCGACGAGUUUCUCACGAUUGAUGGACUACUCGCCUUUGAUGAGACUAUUCCAAUUCAGCAAUCAGACGUGACGGAGGUUGCUAUAGCUCCAUACGAGACCCUGGAUAUUCAAUCACAGUCCUGGUGUGGAUGGAUGCGCCGUGGUGUAGCGCUCUUAGGCUUGACUGAGAAUACACUGUUGCCGUCAAGACUAAAUCAUGCAGCGAUCUGUCAACCCGAGCGCCCUUUUGCCCAUCAUAACGCCAAUCUCGUUGUUCAAUCGAUACGCGCUUUCCCCGCUAUGAUGCUGAGGAGGGAAACCUUCCCCUGGUACAUCCAUCAACAGUCCCAAAUGUUCUCUCUGUCAUCGCCAGCUGCUCUGCCCGAGGCAUUGUCGACCUGCAUGAGCAUUGCGCAGAUGUUUGCCUUGCGAACACCCGAAACAAAGCCAGUCCUUUGGAAGACCGUCAGAGCACAGUACCGUCGCUGGGCCAAUGAGGUACCCUACUUAUUGACCCUUGAUUUAGUUGAUUCUGAUUGGCAACAGAUGUAUCAAAUGUCCCAAUACGAACUGCUUGCGGCUGCGCAAGCUUGCAUGAUAUAUCUGAUCAUGUGCAUCAUCGACCCGUCGCCUGGAAGCGAAGAAAAUAGCCCGGGGCUUCUUCUGACGAUACAUGUAGGUUUCAGUCUUCUAGCCUGACUUCAGCAACUAAAUCUCGGAGGACAUCUACCUCUUGUUCAAACAGACGUCCUGCACGACUGGGAGUGAAGGUACGCUUCAAAAGACGAGCGCGAGCUGGAAAGACUGGAUAUUCGCCGAAUCACAACUGAGGUACUUUUUACGCACUACCCUCGUUAUUGCCAGAGUUCUACUGACUGGGGCCAUGGAGGCUUGCACAUCUAUGGUUUCUCAUAGGCUGUGUUGUGUGCAUCAAGACGGGAAAUAUUUAUGAUGCAUCUCAAAGCUACCGGAGUCUGCGA